AUGGAAGCCGCCAAACCAACUUCUGCCGGCGAGGCAAUCGAGCUUGACAUGAACGAUACGACAACAGCCGCACUCAUGUCACUGGCCACCGAGCGGCCCCGCCACAUCGCACCCGUGCCAAAUGAAGUGCUUCUGCAGAUAUUUUCGUACCUACAAGCAUCGAAGCCAAAUCGCCGGGUACCUGGCGAGGCGAUACGGGAGCCCAACAAGUCGAUACAGAACAUUCGCUUGGUGUCCCGCCAGUUCUGCACCUUGGCUUCACACAUGCUGAUCCCUGUCAUCGACAUCGACGUAACCCCUUCAGGCCUCAGAAUAAUCGACAGCAUCUCGCGCCACCCGACUAUUAGCUGCGGUGUGGAAGUCGUGCGAAUUUGUGUGAACUUGAGCAGUCAGAUACACGCCGAAUCAAUGCCGGAGUUUAUGGAGUACGGUCACGCCAUUCGUGACCACCACCCCGAAAUGGCCGGUGGGUGGCGGCCAGCCGACACGCAAAACUACUUCAUUGAUAACCUCAAUGAAGACCUUGCGUAUCGAGAUUGGACUCUUCGCCGGGAUGAAUAUCAGAGUUACUUUCACGACCAAAUGACAAUUCUCACGUCCGGCCAGUUUGUUCGUGGCGUUGCCGCUGCCCUGGCUCAGAUGCCGUCGGCGCGGUCCCUCUGCCUAUACAACACCAACUUCUAUAUUUAA